AUGCGGGGAAGUAGUGGAAGAAUGAUUUUCGUUAAAAUGGCAGUUAUUUUAGUGCUGUUUGGGGCCGGGUAUAUAUUUACGCGGUUAGUACCUCUUACUCUUAUGAAUUUUAAGAGUGUACGCCCAAACAUGCUGUAUUCUUGGAACGAAACAGUGAAAUUCAAGUAUGUCGUGCUUGCUACUGUUUUAUUGCUGCCUCUGUUGCAGAUUGUGACCGUGAACAUGCAUAAUAAGAAGAUGAGGAGUCUGGAUAUUUUGCUGGAUGCUUACAUUGGGAUAAAUGCGACUUUUAUUAUUACGGCUGCUGCAAAGUGGGCAGUUGGCAAGGAGAGACCGGAUUAUAACGAUAGAAUACUGCAGAAUCUCAAGGCCCAUGCUAUUUUGGAGGGGAGGAGGUCAUUUCCCUCUGGGCACAGUUCAAUUUCCAUGGCUUUGGUGUUUUAUUUAGUGCACCAUGCAUGGAUGGCAGUGAAAGACACGCCUAAGCCAUUGGUGCGCAGUGUUUUACUGUACAUUGGGAUAUUUGUGCCUAUAGUUGUAGGAUGUUUUGUGUGCAUCAGCAGGAUAUGGGAUAAUAGACAUGAUGAAGUCGAUGUAUUAGUGGGGUACUUAAUAGGCAUAACUAUACCUUACAUUACGCACAUAACUUUAAAAGGAAAAGAGAAGAAAUUAAUUGAAGAGGGCUCAGACAGUCCUGCUACUAAGGCAGGAGAGAGUGGGGCCAAUUCCGAAGUGCUAGAAAUGAAGAAAUGUCCUUGA